GGCUGGGGACCUCUCUUCGUUUCGUGGGGGUGGACCUGGCCCUGGGGCGGGGACGGGUGGUGGGGGAUGUGUGCCUGCGCGCGUGUAUGUGUAUGUGUGUGUGUGUGUGUGUGUGUGUGUGUGUGUAGAGGUCUGCCAGGCUCUGCCAGGCUCUGCCCCUUAAAGCCCAGGGGGUUGACAAAGGCGGCACCCUGGCCGGGAGAAAGUGUUGCUCAUUCCAGCAGUUAGGUCCAAAGUAAUUGGAAAGUGAAGAAGGAAGGGGGCAGGAUGACCAGAUCUCUGCUGCGGCCGGCUGUGCUGGGACAACUCCUCCUUCUGUGGCUGCUGCUCCCGCUGCCUGUGCCCAGAGUCAAGGCCAGGAGAUCCAGGGCUCUGCUGCGCUGUCCCGCGGUCUGCGAGCCCACGCGCUGCCCCCCGCUGCCCACCUGCUCCGCUGGGUCGACGCCGGUGCUCGAUCGCUGCCGCUGCUGCCGCGUCUGCGCGGCGGUCGNAUGCGGCCAAGCAGCGGGGCGCCUACCGCCCCCAAGAAUGGAGCAUUUCUUCACAGGGACCAGGAGUGUGGGCCCACUCAGAAGCAAGUACAGCUUCAUCGCGGAGGUGGUGGAGAAGGUGGCGCCGUCUGUGGUUCACUUGCAGCUGUUCCGCAGGUCGCCUCUUAGCGGCAAGGAUAUUCCUGCAUCCAGUGGCUCUGGGUUCAUAGUGUCUGAGGAUGGGCUCAUUGUUACCAAUGCCCAUGUCCUCAGCAACCAGCAGCGGAUCCAGGUGGAGCUCCAGAGUGGGGUCCAGUAUGAGGCCACUGUCAAGGACAUUGACCAUAAAUUGGAUCUUGCACUGAUUAAGAUUGAGCCAAAUACUGACCUUCCUGUAUUGCUGCUGGGAAGGUCCUCUGACCUGCGGGCUGGAGAGUUUGUGGUGGCCUUGGGCAGCCCGUUUUCUCUGCAGAACACAGCGACCGCAGGAAUUGUCAGCAGUACACAGCGAGGGGGCAGAGAGCUGGGGCUGAAGGAUUCAGACAUGGACUAUAUCCAGACGGAUGCCAUAAUUAAUCACGGCAAUUCUGGGGGCCCUCUGGUGAACUUGGAUGGUGAUGUGAUUGGCAUAAAUACGUUGAAGGUGACCGCGGGAAUCUCCUUCGCAAUUCCCUCAGAUCGAAUUCGACAGUUCUUGGCAGAAUUCCAUGAGCGCCAGUUGAAAGGAAAGUCUCUUUCACAGAAGAAGUAUCUCGGUCUGCGAAUGCUGCCUGUCACUAUGAACCUUCUUCAAGAGAUGAAAAGGCAAGAUCCCGAUUUCCCUGAUGUGAGUGCUGGGGUUUUUGUGUAUGAGGUGAUUCAAGGAACGGCUGCUGAAAGCUCUGGGUUGAGAGACCACGAUGUAAUUGUCAGCAUAAAUGGGCAACCUGUUACCACCACAACCGAUGUUAUUGAAGCUGUUAAGGACAAUGAUUCCCUAUCCAUCAUGGUUCUUCGAGGAAGUCAAACUUUGAUUGUGACAGUCACACCUGAAAUAAUCAAUUAAGUAUCUUGCUUGAAAGAGAAAUCAUCUAACAAAACCAAAGCUAUAUUACCUGGUUUGUACUGAAGAUGUACCAAACAUGGCAAGUUUU